AUGGAUGAUGAGGAAGAUAGGAUGUGCAAGAAUAUUGAUGAGAAGAAACAAUAUAGCAAUUUGAAUCAAGCGUUACGACCAAAGGUUUACAUCACCGAUAACUCAAACUUCAAUAGGCUUGUUCAAGAGCUAACCGGCAACAGAAACAUGGUUUCGUCGCCUCCGCCACAAAUAACUGAACAAGUCCAAGAAGUCAUGGGUAUUGAUAUUCUAGGAAACCAUGAAACUGAAAGUAGUAGACGCAUGGAGUCAUCUGUCAUCGAUGCAAGGCCUGUUGAUUCGUUCGAUUCGUUGAACCAAAUGGUUGUAAGUGAAGAAAUAAAUCAAACCUGGAACCAAAUAUAUGCGGAUGUCACAACAUUUGACCUACGAGUUGACCAACAGAGGAAUUUCUUGGCAGCUCGAGGCUUCGAAUCGUGGCUUUUAGAAAUUGAUCAGCCAUGCAUGUCCUAA